UCAACUGUCAUCGGUCUUUUUUCACGUCCUUCCCUAACGCCCAAAAACAAGAAUAAAGGAAACGAGUUAGAUACCGACGGUACCAAGACAACGCAAUUUACAAUGGCCCAAUCAUCAGCAGCAGCGACGCAGUUGCGGAAGGAACUGAAGCAGAUGCAGAAGGACACGGACAUUCCCGGGAUAUCAUGCGGCUUGGUGAACGACAACAACAUUUUCGAGUGGGAGGUGAUGUUGAUGAUUCCCGAUGAGGUCAAAUACUAUGGCGGAGGCAACUUCCGCGCCCACCUUCACUUCCCACCCAACUACCCGCUCAUGCCACCCACUUUUACGUUCCAGAACCCGAUCCCGUUCCACCCCAACAUCUACCCGUCGGGCGAGCUCUGCAUCAGCAUCCUGCACCCGCCCGAGGAGGACAAGUACGGGUACGAGGACGCGUCGGAGCGGUGGUCCCCCGCACGAUCGCCCGAGAAGGUUCUUUUGAGCAUCAUUAGCUUGUUCAGCGAUCCGAACCCGGAUAGCCCCGCUAAUGUCGAGGCCGCGCGCUUGCUGCGGGAGGAGAAGGAGGGGAAACACAAGGAGUUUAGGAAGAGGUGCAGGGCUUGCGUGAGGGAGAGUUUGGGAGAGGAGUGAUUGGGGUAUGCAUAGCCUGUCGGUGGGUAUGUGUGAGCUGGCUGGCUGGAGAGAUUGUUAAGAUGGGGAAGUGGGAGGAGGAGGGGCGUGAAGCGAGUUUGUUAAACGGUUUUUUUACGGAUAUCCUUAGCGAAAUGAUACUACAUACCUUGCA